AUGACCCGCUACGCCCCUCUGACGACGGACCUUGAGCACGUCAAAGCGACCACGGAGAUCAACCCCGGUGAUACCUUCAUUGUCCGGUUUAAGAACAGCGCACGCGAUCACAAGACCGAUAUCUGGAUUGGGGUGCGCCUUACCGAUGACUUUGAGGAUGUACCUGGUCUCAGUAGGCGCCCCAACACUGCGAAACCAGUAUCGGGCGAGUGGAAAACGCCGCUGGAGGAGCGAGUAUACCCGAUCUAUUUCCCAGGCAGGAACUUAUAUCGCUGGAUUUGCAUCUCGGAUUUCUUCGUCCUCGGAAGCAAGAUUCCUGGCAUCUUCACACGAAAGAUUGAAGGACGGGAUUAUAGAAAGGACAUCAAGAUAUACCGGGAACUGGUCAAGAUUGCCGACAAAAAGCCAGGCAUGGAUUUCUGGCGAAGCAUGGCUAAGAAGGAGUUGCUGGAGAAAGGCAAACGGAUCAAAGGACUUGGCCUAAUACUACCCGAUGGCUUCGAGGAGAUAACCCGCGGGAUUUCUAUUUUCAGCGGUGGCAAUCGGGAGGAAAGUGACAGCAACUCAGAAGAUGAGAUUGAUGCAGCGGAGCUGGAAGGAGAGCCCCCGAGCAAGCUGCAAGCCUUGACAAGCUCAUUUUCGGCAUCUCGGGCCCUGGCUGAGUCCUCUGGUCAGAAUAUGGAGAGCCCGAGAUCCCUGACUUUCCCAGGAGAGAACAAACAGUUCCAAAGUCUCCACGCUGGGAAGCACGAAAAGGUCAGGGGCUCGCGUCUCGGAAAGAGGAAAUCGGCACCCGGCACGCUACCGGCGCAGGAUUCCCAGACAAAGAUGGAGAAAGAACCGACUGAAGACAUCAACAAUGCUCUAGUCGAUCUCCAGAACACGCUUUUCGAAAGAACCUGGACUCUCUCGGCCAUGAUCGAGCAUAUUCUCCUCGAAAAGGAGAGCUCACAACAAUUGUUAGCUAUACUCCGCGACGUUUGCACCAUCGAAGACCCCGAGUUGGGAAAGUUGAUCUCCUUCCUAAACACUUCGGAAUUCUCUCCCCAGCUGUUGAAGGUUUCCAACGCACGACCGAGCACCUGUGAAGAAGCCGAGGCGUUUGAGAUUGGUGACUGUCUCGGUAUACAUCGGCAGUUCCAGCUUCAGGGUGUCACAAAUUCAGAAGAACUUCAUGAACAGAUAAUCCAACUUGGGUGUCUCUAUUACUACGCCCGCCACCUGAACAUGGUUGAUCUCGUGGAAAAGAUAACAUUCAAGCUACAGGCCGCCUGGAAUUCGUACCCGGGCCUGUCUCAGCUAGAGCCCAUGCUUGGAGUGACUGCCAUGGCUUUCAAAGACUCUCACUGGACCGACCAUCUCCAGGGUUGGCUGAUCAAGUUCAUCGCAGAUACACAGGACUUGAUCUAUUACCAAUGCCCGCAGCGUUUCUGGGAGAUCAUGAGGGACAGAAACGAUCUCUACAGUUCUGUGACACAGAUGCGUUCUGAAUUUAACCGCAAAAACCCUGAGAGAUACGCUAAUCCUCGCGAUCAGAUUCGCCAACGGGGUAUUGAUGAUUUCUGA